GCACUGGGUGUUGUCGAGCCAGCCUCCUGAAGGCAUAGAUCAGGGCUGAUCUAACGCCCAGCCUCUGCAUGGGCUCCUCUCGUCCCUCCGACCUCGAUGCAGCCAUCGCAACGCUCUCGUCGCCAGAGGAGCUGCAAGAGGAUGCCCUCGACAGCAGCCUCAAGGUGGUGGCCAACCAUGCCGAGGACACUGUGGCGAGCGGCCUAGGAGGGUGUGAGGCCCUGGGGAAGAAGCUGCGCAACCAGCAUUUGCUGAGGCGGGUCUAUCACACAUUCCUCGAUGGCGGCAACACGGCCCGCCAGCUGCUGGCGGCAUACGCCCUGUGGUUCCUGUUUCUACCCCAGUGGAAGGCUGGUCGGCCUUGGGACAUUGCCGGCUAUCUCAUCCCCAUCUCUGGAUCGCCGCGGACGUUCAUCAGCAUGCUGGCUCCCGUGCUGACUCAGACCUCCGCUGUCCUGGUGGAAAUGAUCGCAUUCACCCUGCUGGCGGGCGCCAUGGACCUGGGCCGACGAGAGGGCAACGCGGUCGACACACGGGACUAUCUGGUGGAGCACCAUCCAGACAUCCUUGACAAGGCCCAAUCGAGUGUGACCAAGAUAGCAGAGUCACACUGCCCAAGCGAUCGUCCUUGUGGCAGGGCGGCGCUGGCCUUCAUCAGGACGGCAUUCGAUACGGCGCCCGCAGACGGUCCGCCCUUCCCACCCACAGUCAUGCCCAUCGCGUGUUGGGUGGGGGUGUUUCGCGUGUUUGUGGAGUGCCUCACAAGUCGGGAGGCGGAAACGCGAGACAAGAUGUGAGUGGCUUGCAGUAGACGGAGGGAAGCAGGCUUGCCGUGUCACUCAUUCAUUCAUUCAUUGACUGCAUUGCUGUCGUUGUUUCUGCACUUGGUCAUCUGUCUGUCUGUCUGUCUUCAGGCGCGAUGUGCAGGGUGUCAUCACGUUGCUCUGCUCCAACAUGCAAUACGUGACCACAAACGGUACGCAGCCGAUCUACACGAAGGAGUGAAACUGAUCCGCCACUGGCUGGCCGUCGUGUGCCUUCCUUCAGGGUCGGAUGAUGAGCGUGCUGCGUAUCUGGCUGCAAUGCGACAAGACAUAUUCCCGUUCGUCGACACGUGUUGCGGCCUGCUGGCCUCCCCUGACGCAGAGCGGGCCGUGCGCGACGGCGCCGCCCGUUGUGUGGGGGACAUCUUCUUCUUCUGCGACGCGUUUGCACAGCGCAUAGGUCGGCACAUAUAGGACAUGCAAUGGCUGGUGGGCUCUUCGCCCGUGGCCUCUUCGCCCCCCGCCACACGACCACACACACACCUAUAUGUGACUGUGCCAACUUGUCUGUGGGUGGAGGUUCAGGUUUUGACUGGCUGGCAUCUGGUGAUCAGUCGCCUGUGCAGCGACUCAUGAGAGCGCCAGGGGCUUUGAAAGCCUUCGUGACGAUCAUGAAGGACUCCGUCAUUGACCCCACGUGGUGUGACCUAACCGUCCUGCACACACUGGCCGGUAGGUGGUGGUGGGCGGGUCAAUGAAUGCAUGGCGGGCCACACCGAAUCUAUCUGCCGCAUGACUGCCUGCAGGGUGUGGCUACCGUGACGAGCUGUACGGUAGCGGGUGCAUCUCGCUGGUGUCCGAGCUCGCCAGGGCCUCUCUUGCAGGAAACAAGGCGGCCAUCCUCCUCUACAUCAAGCAACUCCCAGUGGUCGUCGGGGGCCCCGCAGAGCUCGUCGACGCUCGCGCAAAGGUCAGGCAAGGAGGGAUGGAGGGAGGGAGCCGUGAAAGAGGGAGACGUGUCAAAUACCAUGUGGGUGUGGUGUGGGCUGUGUCGUGUUUGUGCUGUGGUGUGCAGAUAGCUGUGCGUGAGGGUCUCCCCGUAGCCCUGUGUCAGUUGUGCCAGCAUGUCUUGGUCCUCUCGUCCAAGGACACAAACAAACAGGCAGGACAGCGGGGGCUGGGGUGGGUGGAUGCCUGUACGUAUGUUCAUGACGACGAACGACCCCUGUGUGCUGUGCUGUGUGUGCGUUGUAUUCCAUUAGGAGACUGACUCGGAGUCGGAGAGGGCACUGCGCCACUUCCUUCCAGUAGACAUCAAGCUCCAGUUCGACCUGGCAUGCAUCAACCAGCCCCAGGUGGAUAGCUUCAUAGACUUCGUCGUCGAGACCCUCCGCGCACUCGUCAGGUACGCAUACGCGUACCUGCCUAUCACACCACACCAGUGUCUCCAUCUGACCCUCUGUCCAUCCACGCAGCUAUGACGACCGAGUGAGCAGCAAGAGGGGCGGCGUCUUCCGUCCCAAUGUCGUCACCCGGGCCGUCCUGCAGCACGACUCAGUCAAGACGAUGCGCGCAGCCGACCAGCAGCCGAAAGGACGACGAAAGGCAAACCGUCAGCAGCAGCAGCAGCAGCAACCGACAGUGCCACAGAAGGUGAUGCGACACACGGAGGCGGCCAUACGGGGCAUCAUCGUGUGUUGGAAUGUGUUGUGUGUCAGUUGUUGGACUUAUUUGACGACAUAGAGGAGGCGGCCAACGAGCGGGCCGAUGCACUGGCUGAGCAGGUGACAGCCGAGCUGGCCGAAGACGACACGCAGGAUGGCGGCAAGCACGCCAAGACCUCCAAGGGCGCCAAGAAGUCUAAGGGCAAGAGGGGCGGCAAGGGGGACAACAGCACCAAGACGACCGGCACCAAAACAGGGGCGGCACCAUCAUCCAGGUGACUGAGAAUAAAUCAAUUGGGUCCUCACUUCACUCAGCUGAUGAGUGGUGCGUCUGUUUCUUGACAGUGCUGCCGCCAUUGGCACAUCCGACGAACACAGCGAGCAGCAGCAGCAGCAGCAGCAGGACACAGAAGACCAUCAUUUGCACCUUCCAGGUCCCCCCAGCCCGUCGCCCUCCUCCCCUCCCCGACCCUCAUGCUCAUACUCAUCAUCGUCCGCAUCGGCUGCUGGCGGAACCUCUGUGUCGGUGGGUGGCGGCAGGGGGCAGCAGCAAGGGGCGGGUGGUGGUUGCGAUGAUGGCGGCGGCUUCAUCACCGUCGGCCGCAAGAAGAGGGGCGGCAAAAGCGGCCACACACAGCAGCAGCAGACCAACAAGGCUGACAAACGAGAUGACAAGUGAGACCCACUGCAGCAAAGCACUCCACCACACUGAGCACUGACAUCUCCGGUGUGUCUGUGUGUCAUCAGCUCGAGAGUCUUCCCGUCUUCGUCUUCGUCCGAGUCGACGCGGCCCUCCUCAUCGCACCCGUCUGUGUAUGGCGGACCCCACAACGCGCCGCCCCUGCCCGUCCCUCUGCCGCCCCGCCCGGCCGUCCCGCCCCCACAGCCUCCCAACCGACACACACCUACACCAGCACCAUCCAGUAGCCGUGGUGGCUCUGACGAGCAGGGCCUUGCCCCAUUGGCAGCUGGGGGCAGUAGCAGUAGCACUUUGGAGAGGGCGGGGGAGUUGGAGGGCCGCAGUGGUCAGGACAGGUACGUUUUGACGGACAGAGCAGCCGAGGAAGGGGGACGGGCAGACAGACACCAGCCACUGUGCCUGCGUGUGUGGUUGGCUGCAGGUGUGGUGGUGAGGUAAGUGAGUUGGAUGUUCUGCGGAAGCAGCUCGAGGCCAUGCGGCUGGAGAGGGAGGCCAUGCGGCUGGAGAAGGAGGCCAUAGAAAGGGAGAACAAGAGGUACGUGAGGCGACCCCACACACCUGCAGUGCAGUGGUUGCAUGCCCCUCUUUCGUGAGUGUCUGAUGGGUGGUUUGCUGCACACAGGCUGGAGGAGGAGCGCGAGAGCACCGAGUGUGACAUCUGCAUGGCCUCAAAGAAGUCCAUCGUACUCAUCCCCUGUGUAAGCCGACUCACAGGCACAACGACUCACCUGUCCCUCUCAGCUAUGUGCUGCCCACGUGUGUGUGUGUGUGUGUGUGUGUGCAGCGUCACUUUUGUCUGUGCGGUGGUUGUGCUGCGGCCUUGAUGUCUAAGCCAGUGGCCCAGCGGCUGUGCCCCCGGUGCCGACAGGCCAUCACGGCCACAAGACAUGUCUACCUGUGAGUAUACGAGUAGCGAGUGUUGGUGCCCGGCGCUUAGCUCUGCCAUGUGAGACUGCGUGUGCGUGGCCUGUGUUGUGAUAGCAUUCAUGUCGAUAACGGACGAUAUAUUAGAUAUCAACGCUGGCC